GUUUCACAGAGUUCUUGGUCUGGGAGUGAAUGGAUAUCAGAAUGGGUACAGUACAUCCCUGAACCACCCAAGGAAGGAUCUAACUUCAAUAUCUAUCAACAUUGCUCGUAUGUUACAUUUUUCCUUCAAGAUUAUCAGAAAGUAACCAUUCACGACAGUAAGCGUAUGUGCACAGCCUCCUUGAAGGUUACUGCUCGCUGUGGAUGCCAAAAUCUGAAAAAAGAGUUGGUCUGUNAAGAGUUGGUCUGCAAGGAUGUGCAAGCAGCCUAUAGAAGUAAUGGUACUGAUCCCAAAGAUGUAUCUAGAAACCAAUAUGGACUUGGCAUCCUUCCUUGCAAUUCAGAUUGCAGGAGCAAAGUGAAAGCUGCUGAGGGGGAGUUGCAACAUCGUAAAUUAAAAGCGCCCGAGGAAAAGGAACCUGAAACAAAAGAUAAUGUGACGAAGCGAAGACGGAGAAAAGGAAGGGUGCUCGAAGACAAGAAAACUUCAAUACUGCAGAGAAUUAUUGCUGGCAUCAGGAGAUUUCUUCUAUUUGUUAUCAUCAUAAUAGCUCUGAUUGCUUCAGUAUAUUUGGGUUAUAAAGGCCUAUUGUGGCUCUCUGAUUGGAUGAAUGAAGCUGAAAUAAAACGACAAAGAAGAUACUCGCGAACAUAGUUCGUCAGAAUCAACUUCAUACAGAAUUGUUUAAUCUUGGUUGAACACUUGAACGGCGAGGAGGAAGCAUUCUUUAUUUUCCCUUAAAAGAAUCAACGUAAGUUAGAGUUUGUCAAGGUUUCUAUAUAAUAAAACGAUGCAUAUAUCCACUUAGUUGACAAUGGGAUUAUGCAUGUCACAUAUUUCAUAUAAAGAACUACUUGUGGAAAAGGGAACUCUGAAUAUGGAUGGAUAUUUAUUGAGUGGAGAAGUUUUGAGUUUGUUCUUUCUGUUUGUGAUAAAUGGUAGGAUUGCUACUUUUCGGGGAAUCGA